AUGGCGGCCUUCCGCGACAUGGAAGAGGUGAGCCAGGGGUUGCUGAGCCUGCUAGGCGCUAACCGCGCGGAGGCACAGCAACGGCGGCUGCUGGGACGCCACGAACAAGUGGUGGAGCGCCUGCUGGAGACGCAAGACAACGCCGAGCAACGGCUGCGAGAGAUCCUGGCCAUGGAGGAAGAAGUUGCCCAGAGCCUCCUUGAUGCCAAAGAGCGGGCGCACCAGGGCGGCGUUGAGUUGCAGCAGCUCCAAGAGGAGCUUCAGAAGGCGGGCGAGGAGGACACCCGCGUGAAGGCCCGCCUCCGUCAGCUUACCCAAGAGCUGGAGGAGCUCAAGGAGAUCGAGGCCAGUCUGGAGAGACAGGAAAGGGAAGUUGACGAAGACACGACGGUCACCAUCCCUUCGGCUGUGUACGUGGCUCAACUUUAUCACCGAAUCAGUAAAAUCGAGUGGGACUAUGAGAGUGAGGCGGGCAUGGUCAAAGGCAGUAUCCUUUGCGGAGAAAGCGGAGCCUGGUGCGCCGCUGGUGGCGAUGGGGGGUGUAGAGCCGCUGUGAACCACAGUCCGGCAGGUCCCCCCAAACCCCUAGAGGACUCCACAGCCCCCCUUCUGGGUACAGAUACAAAAAUACGGAGAGCAGAGUAUUGAAGAGAUAGUUGUACACCUGUGUGCAUGACAGUGGUGGUCCCCAUGGCCAAAAGGUGGGAGCGACCCAGUGAUGGUGUGGCAGAUUGCUGGGUAAGCACACGCUGGUGUACCCAUCUUGAGGUAUGUAAGGGAGAAGUUUCUGGCACAUACUAGAACAUGGAUGUACCUGGAGUACAUGGUAAGUGAAACCAGCCGGACACAACAAGUAAACGGGUGUCUUGUUCCACAGACAGGAAGGGUCCCUAGGGGAGUCAAAGCCACAGAGACAGGAAGUAGAUGGCAGGCACCCGGGGGAGGGGAAGGGGAGUCUGUAGUCCAUGGGGAAGAUGGAAAGUUCUGGUGACCAAUGGUGGGGAUGGCUGUACAACCCCGUGCCUGUACUUAAUGCCCCUGAGCUCUACACUUAAAAACUCGCUAAAAUGGUAGAUUUUAUAUGUAUUUCAGCACAAUUCUUUGUAAAGAGUACGCUAUCAGAAUUCAACUUUUUGUUCACAGAAAUCUCGUUCAGUCUCUAAAUACCGUCUUACAGUUUCUUCAGAGGGAGUAUCCUUUGCUCCUGGGGUCCCGGGGGUGCCGUGUGUGUCAGGCUUCCUUACAUCUGCGCCCUCAGUCCAUCAUGGCCCCAGCGUCGCCCAGCCUCUCCACCUGGACAGCACCCAGCUCUCCAAG